AUGGAGUAAUAAUAAAAAGCUUAAGCAGAACCAAAUAUCGAAUAAGACAUUAAUACUGUAUUUGAUAAUUUAGAACGCAUAAGAACUAAUAUUAAUUGUGAAAUACCAUAAAUUCCUAAGGAGAGCAUAGUACUUAUCUUUCUUGGAGAAUUUGAAUAAAAAUUUCAAGUUUUCUUUUAACACUUUUAGAUUAAACAAACCAUAAAAGAUGAGAAAUAUUUUAAGAUAAUUAGAAUAGAAAAAUAAGGAAAAAUUAGUUUUUUAUUAAAUUUCCCUUUGAUCUUAUAAUACGAUGACUAAAAUAAUGAAUAAGCAUUGAAUUUAUGCAUUUCAAAAAUAUAUGCAGAGUAAGCAUUUCAGAAAAUGGAAAAUUGCAAAAUUUAGUUAAUUGUAGAUGUAAAUUAACUAAAUGGAGAUGAUGAUAAGGCAAAAUUCAAUAGCAUUAUAAAUGAUUAAGUUUUUUACUUUGGAAAAUAUUAUUUUAAGGAAAAUACAUUUUUAUUUCUUAGGCCAUAGAAUGAAGACAAGUGGAACCUAUAGACAAUUAAAAAAUUUCAUUUAAAUAAAUAAAAAAAUGAAAAGGAAUAUCAGGUUAACUCUGAUUUUAAAGAAUUAAAAGAUAAUGAAGUUUUAAAGUCAAUCUUCUAAGCUACAUCAAAUUAUUCUCAACUAAAAGUUAAUUCAGAUAAUUGUUUGAAUUAUGGAAAAAUGAACGAUUAUUUAAAAGAUUUCUAAGAAAUUUUAACUCCAUAAUUUGAUAAUCUAUUAAAACAAUUUUAAAAGCAACUUCUUAUUAUAUAAUAAAUGCCAAUUAUUCAAUCUCAAGAUGAUACUAUUAAAAAAGUUGGAAAUUAUUUCAAAGCAUUAUAAGUAGAUAUUAUUAAUGAAGAGAAUCCACUUACAAAUAGUUUUGCUGAUAUUAGUAAAGUUUUUACAUUUAUAAAUAAAGUUAAUAAAGAAAAAAUAGCAAUAGAAUUAAAUUAAAGAAUUUAACAAAAAAUAAAUAGCAAAUAAAUGCAAUAAUUUUUAGAAGAUAAUAAAAUUGAAAAAAUAAGUAUAUAACCUUUUUUUAAUGAUAAUGUCUAAAAUAAAUUAAAUAAAAUCAUCGAUUUUUAUAAAAUAUAUCAGAUCUUAUUGCUAUAAACAACUCCAAUUGUAGAAGUUUAAAAUUUGAUAAUUAAUCUUUAAUUUUGGUGCUUAUAUUGUGAAGAAGCCAUAGAAAAUAUUCUAUAUGAAUUAAAUUAAAUUGUAAAGAAAAUAUAAGAAGGACCAUAAAAUGAAAUUGAAAAUGGUGUCUAUUUUAUAGGUGUAACAAAAAUCAGGGAAAUCUACUAUUAUUAAUACUAUUCUUAAUCCUGAUAAACUUGAAAUGACUAAAAUUUUAGGUUAAAAAUGUUACGAAAUUAAAUAAGGAUUUCAGACAAAAUUUAAAAUUGGUUAAGGAUAGGUUAGUAAGACUUAAUAAAUUAGUGGAAUUUAUAUUGGAAAAAAGGAGGAACUUGAUAAUAUAUUUUAUAAUUAAGAAAAUAAUCAACAGAUUAAUAAUUAAAAAGAAUAAGACGUUUUUAGUUAUGAAGAAAUAUUAAAUAAAGAAUAAAUUAAUUAAUUAAAAAUUCCUGAAAAAUGGUUUAUUUUUGAUUGCCCAGGGUUUGAUGAUAAUUCUAAUGAAUAGAUGAGAAUUGCUCAUAGAAUAAGUUUAUUUAAUUAUUUCAAAAAAACUAAAAAUAUUGUUGUUUUUUUUAUAAUUGAUAUUUCAGUAUAGCAAGUUGAAAAUAUUAAAAAUACCUUUGAUCCAAUAGGUUGCCUUUUAAAUAAUAAAAAUGAUUUAUAACAAAAUUUUCAGAGUUGGACUAAUCUCAUUUUAACUAAAGUCAAAAAGGAUUAAAGAAAAGAGUAUAUAAAAGGUUGGAAAUUAGCUUAUAAUGAGUAAUUAGAAUAAAAUUAUAGUUUCUAUAAAUAAUUAUUUGCUGACGAUCAAAGAUGUAUAGAAUUCUUGAGACCCUAAAUGAAUAUGGAUUUUAAUGAAUUAAGAAACUCAAUUAUUGAAAAAGCAAAGAGUUAACUUUAAUAAGAAAAAAAAUAUAACCCAUCUUUUGAGUUUACACUUGAUGAAAAAGUUUGGAGGUUAUAUGAUAAAUGUAUGCCUAAAAUUUAGAUGAAAUUAGAAUAAUUACUUCAAUUAUUUUUUUAAGAUUUAGAAUCAUACAUUGUGUAAAGUGAUGAAACGAUAAAGGAGAAAAAGGAAUAAUUAUAAAAAUUUUUAGAUUGUUUACAUAAUUAAUAAACGAAUAUAAUAAUUAGUGAAAUUAAUGUUAAUAAUUGUAUAUCUCUACUUUCAAAAUUAUCAUAAUGGAUUAAAGGUAAUAAAUAUACAUAAAAAAUUUGUUUUUUUCUUGAAGCAUAUAUUUAAGAUAUAUAGGCUAUUUUAAAAAUAUCAGAAUAUUGCAAUAAUAAAAAUAUAGUACCAUUUAAAAUUAAAAUAGAUAUAUAAGUUACAAAGAUUAAGAAUAUUCUUAAAAUAAUUGAAGAGAUAGAAAAAUAAUAUCAAAAUUGUUAAUCAAAAUUUUAUUGUGUCAUUAUAAUGAUAUUUAUACCUCUAGUAGGGUUUGGUUCUAUAAAAUGCACAAAAUCUAUUGCAUAACAUGUUAGGGAUAAAAAUUAACCGAUAGCAAAAGUGAUUAAAUAUUUACUUAAGUAAUAAUUUGCUUAAAUUAUUACUGUUGCAGCGAUAAAAUAAUACUUUAUUUAUAAACUACCUAAAUUAGCUUAAAAUUUAUUUCCAGAAGAAGAGUAAAAUCUUUAAUUGAAAGAAAAAUCUAAGUAAUUUUUAUAAAACGAAUAAUAAGAUUAAUGA